AUGACUGAUUAUUUAAAAGCAGUAAUUGAAACCUAAUUAAUUGGUGCAUUCAGAGUGGCAGUAACAUUACCCCUGGAGCAUGUGUUAGACAGGAUAAAGACAUAUAAAUAGUCCAGAUAGGGGAUCACUUACUUAUAAAGUUUUAAAGAUAUCAAGGGAGCACGUGGAUACAUAGGGUUGUAUGAUGGAUUCUAUCCGAAUUUCCUUAGAUCGAUGUUCAAGUAAUAUUAUCGAUGGCCAAUGAUGAUCUUCAUUCCUUCAUUCCUGAAAAACUACAUUCACGAUUAAUCAUUGAAUAAGAUCCUAACUGGAGCUUCGAUAGGGUUAUUUGAGAGUUGCAUAAUAACACCAUUCGAACGAUUGAAAAUACUCAAAAUGACAAACAUGGCAGUAGGAUUUGGAUAUUUGAAGUACAUCACAUUUGACUAAAUUUAUGUUGGUUUCAGAAUAUUAACAUCUCGGCAGAUAGUUUCCUGGACAAACUACCUCUAUUGGGAUCAUAAGAUUCGUUAUGCAUUGAAAACAGAUGCAAGUUAAAAAUUGAGUAUUUGGAAUGUUUUAGUAGCAUCAACUUUGACCAGUGUGUUGAACAUAAUGGCAGGUAACUCAUAGUAAGUAUAAUUAGUGCAUCCAUUUGAUACAAUCAAGACCCUGGUGCAGAUGGAAGGCAAUUAGAUUUACAGUAAGAUAUCGGUUAUUGAGAGUUUCAAGUUGGUGUUUAACAAAUACGGGCUAUCUGGGUUAUAUGCUGGUUGGUAAGCCAGAAUGAUAGGGUACUUUUGUUAAGCUACCUUAACAACACCGACAAUAGAUUAUUUGGAAAGGAAUUAUGGGAUUGCAAAAUAAUGA